GCCAGUUCACAUGCGGGGGAUACUAAAUAGUAAAUACCAACUAAUAUAUAACCUGGCCCAGACUAUUCACAUGAGGGAGAUAAUACACAACCCACUAUGAUAAGAUUGAUGAUGAUUUUUAUAUGUUUGUUGAAUUUUAGGACGCACGGAAUAGAAUCGUUUUUUUGUGUUAAAAAUCUUGGCUAAAAGUUGUUUGGAAGAAUAAAAAAGUUUUUUUUUUUUUUUUUUUUUUGCUUAGGAUACAGCAAGAUGCAUGCCGUUUCUUGGGUGGUUAGUUGUCACAACUCCAUGGCGUUUUAUUAAAGUAAACACAUACUGUACAAAGAUUCGUUUUUUCCACCUCCUCUUUGGGCCUUUUAAAUAGAGGACAAACCCAAACACUAACAACAUAAAAACUAGUUGGUCCUUUUGCCAAGUCAUCAUCAUCAUUCAGUAGCAGCAACGAUGGCAUCGACUCCAAUGGAAGGCAAAUGGGUUCAGCUAAAACAGAAAGGAACCGGACCAGGAGCAAGAAGCUCUCACGCCAUAGCUCUCGUUGGCAACAAAGUCUACGCCUUCGGCGGCGAGUUCCAACCCCGUGUCCCCGUCGACAACCACCUCCACGUCUUCGACCUCAACACCUUAACAUGGUCGAUCCAAGAAGCUUCAGGGGACGCUCCUCCUCCUAGAGUAGGCGUAGCCAUGGCUGCAGUAGGAUCCAUCAUCUACUUCUUCGGCGGCCGGGACGAGAAUCACCAGGAGCUCAACGAGCUCUACUCUUUCAACACUUCCACCAACGAGUGGAAGCUUCUCUCCUCAGGGGAGACAGGUCCUGAAAACAGAAGCUACCACUCAAUAGCUACAGAUUCUCAGAACGUGUAUGUGUUUGGUGGGUGCGGAGUGGACGGGCGUCUGAAGGAUCUUUGGGCGUACAACGUUGUUGAUGGGAAGUGGAUUAAGUUCCCUUCUCCUGGAGAGGGAUGUAAAGGAAGAGGAGGUCCAGGGCUAGAGGUGGUCGAAGGGAGGAUAUGGGUUGUGUAUGGAUUCACAGGAGAUGAAGCAGACGAUGUGCACUGCUUCGACAUAGCUAAAGGAGAAUGGAGAGAAGUCGAGACAAAGGGGGAGAAACCGUCUGCGAGAAGUGUGUUUUCCACUGCGGUUGUUGGGAAACAGAUUGUGAUAUUCGGAGGAGAGGUUGAUCCUAGCGACUUGGGGCAUAUGGGAGCAGGGUGUUUCACAGCUGAGGCUUAUGGGCUUGAUACAGAGACGUUGGAGUGGAGGAAGUGGGAGGAUGGGUUUGGGUCAGAGGAGCAUCCGGGGCCUAGAGGAUGGUGUGCGUUUGCGGCUGGGUCGAGGGAUGGUAAGGAAGGUUUGUUGGUUUAUGGAGGGAACUCUCCGAGUAAUGAUAGGCUUGGUGAUAUCUUCUUCUUCACUCCAGAAUCUUGCUAAUGUGAUUGGUAACUAAGUGUGGUUUGGUUUUGUUGCUGAUCAGUGCUUGAUUCUGUGAGCUUUAAGCCAUGAAUCUGUAAUAAGUUGUUUAUGUUUGAGCUUAUGUUUGUCUACGCUUUUGUAAAUGUGAAUGAUCAUUGAAAAGUUAUAAAUAAGCAAUGUUCAAGAAA